AUGGCUUCACCUUCACCCUCAAUCCCGCCUAACACGGCCGCCACCGGGUCCCUCGGCCCCUUUCCCACUCCCACCCACGGGCAGCUCGGAGCCAACUCCUUCACCAUAGCCUGCUCGGCGCACAUCAAGGCCUCGCCGCGUGCCUGUCUUGAAGUUCUUCUCAAAGCAUCAGAGUACCCAUCAUGGAACCGCUACUGCAGGAAAUGCAUCAUAGACGCUCAGCCAGAUGACGGCGCCCAACCCAAGGACAAAAAGGCUAAGUCAAAGUCCGAGAAGGAUAAGGACAAGUCCAACAAACCCAAGGCCGGCAAACCCCGGGAGCCGGUAGACAUACCCGUUCCUGUGCCCGUGCCUGAGGCUGAGUCUGCUCCUGCUGCUGUUGCUGCUGCUCCUGCUGCUGCUCCCGGAACCCUCUCCACCACCAACUCCCACUCUUCCUCGGGGGCAUCUUCCGCCUCCUCUGACCACCAGGCCCUCCCCAACCUUGUUGGCCCGGAGUUUCUUCGCCUAGGGACCAAAUUCACUUUCCACGUCCAUAUGGAUCCUUUUUCAGAGGACAGCAGCCCCCGCAAUACUGCGCUGGAAGUCAGUCGUCUCGAGAGGAUUGACGAGGUUAUUGAGGUGGAUGUCUCGGAGGUUUCCGGGUCAGCUGCGCGUUUUCCCAGUGCUGGUGGAAGUGGGAAUGGGAAUGGGACUGGGAGUAAGACUGCGACUACUGAGGCUACGAUGGUAGUUGCAGAGGAUAAAUCCCACGAGGGUGGUGAUGGUACUGUCGCUGUCGCUGCUGCUCCCUCUGUCGAAGAAGAUGCAGUCGAUAAAGACGACACUUCUGCUACUACCGCCAAGAAAGAAAAGAAGCUUACCGACACGAAAGGCAAAGGCAAAGGCAAAAAUGUCGCAGCCGAAAACAAGCUCCAACUCCGCCGCACCGGCUUCCGCAUGCCUGGAAGACCCGCCCCAGAGUUUGUUGAGGUUUACCCGCCCUUUGCCGCAGACGAUGAACCCGAGACGGCGUAUCAGUGCUGGGAGACGUUUUACGGAGUGUUGGCGCCGGUGGUGAAGACCGCGGCGGGGAGUCAGGUUAUUAGGGGCUUUGAUGUGUGGAUGGACGGGUUGAAGAAGAGGGCAGAGAGGGUCGAGGGGAGGGGAGAGUAA